CAACUGAAAAGUUCAAUCAAGCCAAAUGUGCUCAGAGUUUCCAUCAUCGGGAUGCAAUUUGAUGAGGGUUGUAUUUUUGUUGAGUCUUGAGUGUUGUAUUUCUUGUUAUGAAAUGUCCCAAUCGUUCAACCGUGCAGCACAUGAUGUGAUCUUCAAAAUAACUUAGCAAAUACCACAAUAUUGGCUGAAGAACACGUAGGCAUAGGCAUUCCUCUAAGAACCAAACGGGAAUUCAUUCGAUUCGAAUUAAUCUCUCUCUUUCUCUCUCUCUCUCUCUCUGUAUACUCUGCCUCUCUCUCCCUCUUAAAUUAUCUCACAUACUAUGGACAAGUGUUGACUGACAACUUUUCAUAGUAGCUCCACGUCUAAGCGAUGGGACAGGAGCGGAGGGGACAGCGUUUACAGCGAAGUAGUCCGUACACUGCUGCAGCUACAGUACAUGGAUUAAAGCGCUCUGCCUACUCGCUAAAUAGUAGCGAUGUGCAUUCCGCAUCACUUGGCUCCGUUCAGUUUAAAAGAGCCGCAUAAUUUGCCUCCCAAACGGCUCUUCAUUGAAACUGCUGGAAAAUCGACCUAGAACCACGAAAAAAAAUGGCAAAUCUCCAAUGCAAAGACAAAAUAGUAAGUUACCAUGACCCUAUGUGAGAUCGUGAUAUGCAAGUUCAACUACAUUUUUACCUAGCCAAAUUGUUAGAUCGCCUGCAAAACGUUUUUUUUUUAAAUGCACUGCAAAAAUUAGAGUGGACCAGAAUAACCGCUAUUUAUUGUUUCUGCAUUCAGAAAUCCUCCAUCUUCAGAUAAUGAUUGUGUAACUUAGUUGUAAAAGCAGUAGUAAUAGUAGUAGUAUGCAAAUCAGGGAGCCAAAUGAACGGCUCUUUCACGAGAUGCGAUUUGGUUCCCAACGUUUGCCAAAAAAGAGCCGUUCGUUUGCGAACGACUCAUCACUACUACACAGUAGUAGCAGGCGCUUUCGCGCAGUUGCUGAAUGUGCUCGCCAGUGUGUUCGUGCAGAAAACUAAAGGAGAGACUGCUGAGUUGAACAAGGUAGUUAUUGCAACGAGAAAGGAAGGGGAUAUUUAGCUAAUCUUUUAAAAGACUAAACUGGACCAGAGGACCUCUCUCCCUUGCAUACAUGUGUUAAAGGGAGGGAGGGGAACGGCACAGAAUGAUGUUUGAAUUACCCUCUUCAGUUAACUUGCGAGAGUGUUUUUGCUGAGUUGAAAAUAUUAAGUUUAGGUUCGAGAAAAACAAGGUAACUCGAGCGCAAUGGAGAGCCAACCACCCGAGCCGCAAAUCUACGAGGACGUCCGAAAGAGCGGCUAUCUCCGCAAGCAGAAAUCCAUGCACCGGCGAUACUUCGUGCUCCGGACGGCCUCGGAGAGGGGCCCGGCCCGGCUCGAAUACUACGAGAGCGAGAAGAAAUUCAGAGGAAAGACACCCGUCCCCAAGAAAGCCCUGGUGCUGGAGACGUGUUUCAACAUCAAUAAGCGGGCUGAUGCCAAGAACAAGCACAUGCUAGUGCUGUACACUCGGGCGGAGAGCUUUGCCAUCGCGGCAGAAAACGAGGCGGACCAGGACGAAUGGUAUCAGGCCAUGGUGGAGCUGCAAUGCAAAAGUAAGGUGGCUAGUACCGACACCGGUCCGGGAGGGGACUACGGUGUACCCACCCCAGGCCCCGCCUUCAAGGAGGUGUGGCAGGUCAAGGUGUGGCCAAAGGGGCUGGGCCAGGCCAAGAACCUGGUGGGCGUCUACCGGCUGUGCCUGACUGAGAAGACAGUCAACUUCGUCAAGCUUAAUUCAGACGCCGCAGCCGUGGUCCUGCAACUGAUGAAUGUGAGGCGCUGCGGUCACUCCGAGAACUUCUUCUUCGUGGAGGUUGGUCGUUCCGCGGUCACGGGCCCCGGGGAGUUCUGGAUGCAGGUGGAUGACUCUGUGGUGGCCCAGAACAUGCAUGAGACCCUGCUGGAAGCCAUGAAGGCCUUGAGCGAGGAGUUCCGCCAACGCAGCAAGUCGCAAUCCAACUCCGGACCAGGAGGGGGCGCUACAGCCUCCAACCCCAUCAGCGUCCCCUCGCGACGCCACCACCCCAACCCGCCCCCCAGCCAGGUGGGCUUCACCCGCAGGCCCCGCACUGAGCCGCCUGGAGGGGCUGGAACUGGGGGCAACAGUGCCAAUGCAUCGCCCACUCCCCGCCACAGCUUCCCCAGGUCACGCACAGCCAGCGACGGGAGUAAAGGUGAAGAAGGUGUGGGUGGAGCGUGUGGAGGGGUAGGGCAGAGUUCCAGUCUUACUACCAACGGGUCCUGCUCCACCACGCCCAUCCUCAGGUCCAAAUCGGCCCGCUCGGCCCCCACCCUGGCUAAGAACAACCCCAUGGGCCUGAUGCGCUCUGUCUCCACCCCAUCCCCCUCCCCGGCCCCCAGCCUCUCCUCCAGCUCCGGCCACGGCUCCGAGUUUGGGAUAGUGGUGGGUGCGACCGGAGGAGGGGGUGGUGGAGCAGGGGCCAGUGCAUACAGCCGCGUCCCCUCGCACAACGCUUCCGUGUCGGGCUCCCCCAGCGACUAUGGCUCCUCGGACGAGUACGGCUCCAGCCCUGGGGAGCAAUCCUCCCACUCCCUCCUGGCCCCCUUCCCCAACAUGCCUGGAGGGUCAGCCGGGUCGGGCGGCCACGGUCAACCCCUGGACGAUGAGGCUGCUAACUACACCCUAAUGGGUCAGCGUGGUGGUGGAGCCACGUCAUCUGGCUGUCUGCCUGCUGGUGCAUCCAGCUCAGCCCCUUCCCACCAGGCCCAGACCAAGAGGGUCUUGCGUCGCUCCUCCAGCCGGGAAUGUGAGGCUGAGAGGGGGCUGCUGAGCAAGCGGGCGUCCCUGCCCCCCAUGGCACUGGAGCGCCUGGCCCCACGGCCCCGCAGGGGGGAGGAGGAGCAGGACGAGGAUGCGGCCGACUACGCCAUCAUGUCACGAAGCACCAGCAGGGAGUCCUUCACCACCUCCUCCUCUUCACGGAGAGAUUCUGAAAUAAGCCCUGGUGGAGAGGGGGGAGGAGGGGGGUACCUGGAUGUGGCUGGAGAGUUGGGUGGAGGUGGAGGUGUAGUGCGGGAUAAUGGCUACAUGUCCAUGCUCCCGGGAGGAGUGACCCAACCCCCUGUCAACCUCACCAACUCUCUUUCCGCCUCGGUUGCUGACGAGUCCAAGCUGGCGGACGACUACAUGGCCAUGACACCCAACAACAGCGUAUCACCGCCACAACAGAUCCGGCCCCCUCCCGGAGACGGCUACAUGAUGAUGUCACCCAACAGCAGCUGCUCUCCGGACCAGCGUGGUGGCCUGGCAGGCGGGGCCUGGGUGGGCAGCAGCAGCGCGGACAGCCGGGCGGGCAGCGACUACAUGAACAUGUCCCCCAUCAGCGCCCGCUCGGCCAACAGCAGCCCCCCUCCCCCCGAGCACACCCCUCAGACAGACCCCCAUCCCCUUCAGCAGGCCCCUCAGACAGACCCCCAUCCCCUUCAGCAGGCUCCCAAGAUGGUCUACUCCUACUACUCACUGCCCCGCUCCUAUAAACACACACCACCUGGUGGACACUUUGAGGACGGCCGAGGAAGGAGGCCCAAUGGGAGCGGUGGUGGUAGAGGGGUUGGCAGGGCAGUGGGUGGUCGUCAGGACCCCAAUUUGGGUGCGGUCCAAGGUCGCCACCUGUCCCUCUCCUCGUCCUCAUACUCCUCCAGCUCGGCCAGCAGUGAGAGCCUAGGGGAGAAUGAGGACAGGUCUUCCCAGGGAGCAGGCCCCUCAGGUGGGGGAGCUCACUCUAAAGACAUAGGGCUCCUCCAGCAGAGACGGGCGGCCCCCAAGCAGGGCCAGCAAGGGGGGGCCAGGACCCGGCCGGUCAGCCUGUUUGUGGACGUUUCCAAAGCCAACACCCUCCCCAGGGUCCGUGAGAACCCCCUCCCCCCGGAGCCCAAGAGCCCAGGGGAGUAUGUGAGCAUCCAGUUCAGAGGAGGGCCAGGAGGUGCGGAAGGGAGGGGACUCAGACAUGGGAUGUCCCUCCCUCGCGGUUCCAGCCAGCGCCCCUCACACCAGCCCACGUCCUGCCUGGGGGGGUUCCUGCCCCUCUCCCGCAGCCCCUCUGCCCCCCUGACACCCCUCACCCCACCAUCAGCCUCUGAGUAUGUCAACAUGGACCUGGGGCCCUCUCCGUCCCCCUCGCCCCUCUCCCUGACACCGCUGGGCUUCCCUUCCUUCCCCACCCCUCCUACGCCCCCUCCCAUAGCCCUGGCACCCAAGGCCCACGGUGUGCUCAGGGUGUCCCCUCAGCAGCAAGGGGAACCCGAGGGGGCUGAAGCAGGGCCCAGGAUAAACAAACAGACUACCCGCGUUGUGGUGACUCAAUCAGAAUCCCCAACCUCCUGCGGGGACUAUACAGAGAUGGCCUUCAGCCUGAACAACAACAGCAUUGCCAGCUCCAUGUCCAACAACACCUCCUCCAAAGCCCCCUCCCCAGCCAGCCCCAAGCCACCAGUCCCUGUCCUCACCUUGGGCCUGGACUUCCCCCUGGCCAAAACCGGGCCCAACCCGGACCACGGCGCUAAAGUGAUCCGGGCCGACGCCCAGGGCCGCAGACGCCACUGCUCCGAAACCUUCCUCCCCUCCCCCUCUCUCCCUCCCCAAUCCUCCAACUCUUCCUCUGUCGCCUCCCUCUUCCCGGAGCACGCCCAGGCUGUGGCUCGCCGUCUGGGGUUGGAGGGCGUGCUGUGGGGAAACGGAGCAUCAGCCGAGCAUCUCCCCUCGCAGUUCCUCCAUCCUGGGCCUGGCCUGCCCUCUGCCCAGACUUCAUCCAUGGAGCAAGGCCUCAACUACAUAGACUUGGACUUGGCUAACAAAGAGAACCCUCAUGCAGCCCUAGACGGGUCUUCAACCGUCCAGGCCAACCCCCUUCGCCUCUACUCGUCCAUGUUGACUGGGGGGGCUGGGGUGGUGGUGUCCGGGGCUGGAGUGGGGGGCAGUGUAGGCUCCAACCUCAACACCUAUGCCAGCAUCGACUUCUACAAGUCAGAGGAGUUGCGAACGCAUCAGAACGGAAACAAGGAUGGUACAGAAUGCUGAUGUCUAUGGCCUUGGAAUUAUGGGGGAGAAAUUACAGGAGACUUGGAGAUCCCUAAGCUCCUCAUCCUUUUGUGACAACCAAUGGGAAGAGAGAGAAGUUGGACUGGUCACGCCCCUGAAAGCACUUUGGAAAGACGGAUGGAAAACCUUUAUUUUGUUGCUUUCAGUUUAUUGGUUGCGAUACCAAUGGGGAUGCGUGCCCAUUCUAGUCCGUGAAGGGAGGACUCUCAGCCAAUAAGAGAGAAGAAUAAAGACUGACUGCGGACCGGGAGCCAAUGAUAUUUUUCGAUCAUCAACCUAAAUGAAAACACAAUUAACCAAUCAAAAAGCAGGAUUUCAUCUAAUGAUGGCUGAAUAUACAUAGUAUUAUAAGGAAAUAUAUAGAAGUAUAUAUCUUUUCAAAAGUGCCUCAUUUUUUUAUUGUAGCCAUUUUACAAAGAACUUAGCAUUGACUAAGGAACUGAAGAAGCUUCAGUUUUUGUGCUCCUUUUGAAGUAGAAUAUGUUGUGGCGACCAGAUGUAACGGACAAAGAAGAGAGCACUGGUACUGGUAUAUAUUUGGAAUAAUAACGAUGAUGAUGAUGAUGAUAAUAAUAAUAAUAGCAAUUAGCUGGCCUGACUGUGUUACUGUGAGAGAUGUUAGCGGCAUAGCUUCUAAUGACUUUAUGCUCACUGCUUCAAUGUAGCUGACAGACGUUUCUCUCUCUCCACUCUCUUUCAAUAUCUCUAUCUCUCUCUGCCCACACCUCUCAUCCAAGAAUGCAGAGUUAUUCUAUAUCACAUAUCAACAUGCUCACAUACUACACAAUAUGCUCUGGUCAAUAUGUAUUUAAUGCACAGAGAGACACUUGGCACUUGUUGCCGAUAAAGACAACUAAAAAAAACAAUUGUAUGGAACUAUAUUUAACCAUAAAUAGUUCUUUCAAAUACUUGUAUUAAUUAUAACACAGAAAUAGAUUACUCCACAAUUUCCGUAAUCUUAGCCUGUCUACACUGAACAAAAUAUAAAACGCAACAUGUAAAGUGUUGGUCCCAUAUUUCAUGAGCUGAAAUAAAAGAUACCAGAAAUGUUCCAUACACACAAAAAGCUUAUUCUUUAGCUCCCGA